GUAAUUAGCUUCUCGCCCUCGUUUUGAUUAAGAUUAUAAAUAUCUAAUGGCGCCGGAAGAUGGAUGGGUGGUGAACCUGUCGAAAUCACCGGCGGCGGACGGCGUUGCCACCGAGAAGCUUUUGGUGCACCACCAGGAGAAGCACUUCACCGCCAGCAAUGUCGUGCGCGACGUCAUCAUUGGUGUCUCCGACGGUCUCACCGUCCCCUUUGCUCUCGCCGCCGGACUCUCCGGCGCCAACGCUCCCUCCUACAUCAUCCUCACUGCUGGACUCGCCGAGGUCGCCGCUGGCGCCAUCUCCAUGGGCCUAGGCGGGUAUCUAGCGGCGAAGAGUGAGGCGGACCACUACUCGCGGGAACUCAAGCGGGAGCAGGAGGAGAUCAUCGCCGUCCCUGACACCGAGGCCGCGGAGAUCGCUGAGAUCCUGUCGCAGUAUGGCCUGGAGCCCCACGAGUACGGCCCGGUGGUGAACUCCCUGCGGAAGAACCCGCAAGCCUGGCUCGAGUUCAUGAUGAAAUUCGAGCUGGGAUUGGAGAAGCCAGAUCCGAAGAGGGCGUUGCAGAGCGCGCUCACGAUCGCCCUGUCCUACAUGGUGGGCGGCGUGGUGCCCCUGCUGCCCUACGUCUUCAUCCCCACCGCAAUGAAGGCCAUGCUCACGUCCAUCGGCGUGACGCUGGCGGCGCUGCUCUUUUUCGGAUACGUGAAGGGGCACUUCACCGGCGACCGCCCGCUGAUGAGCUCGUUCCAGACCGCAUUAAUAGGCGCCGCCGCCUCCGCCGCCGCCUAUGCCAUGGCCAAGGCCGUCCAAGCCACCUGAUGCGAUUAGUAGUAUUAAGGGAUAAUUAUGUGCGUAGAUUGUGUCAAGCGUUAAUCAAGUGCCGCGGGGAAAAUUCGCUAUAUUUUGUUUCACCAAAAUAAUUGAUAUAUUUCGCGUGUAGAAUUGUUCCUACUAAGUUUUGCUCUAUCGCUGUAAAAGACUAAUUAAGUUGAAGUGAUCGUUAGAUA